CGAACGGCGAACCAUAUAUGGGCACGUACGUCAGCGGAACUCCAGCGAGGGGCGGGGACAGAACUCCCUACUUUACAAUGCGGACUCAGAUGGCUUCAUUCAGAAGAGGAACAGCUCGCGCCCAGAGAGCGACUCCACGGCAGCAGCGCGAGCGCUCUGUGAAGAAGACAACACACACACACAACAAACACACGUUGGAAUAACGGUGGUUACACUUUUUUACACAUGAUUUUGUUGGUUGGAUUUAUACACGAAUGCACGUCUUGUGAACCGAGCAGCAGGAGGAGGAGCAGGAACGUCCUACGGAUUUAAGGGGAGUUACGAGCUUUUGGAAGUGAUUUCUUCCUCCGGCGCAGAUCUGGAUUGCCUUCUUGAUGCAACUUUUUUGGAAAGAGACUAGUAAAGGCAUACUGUCGGAGUCUCCACGCAGAACUUUUUACGGUGACGUUCCGUUUUCACCGGGAUCUGAGGUAGUAAGUUUCCCGCUUCCUCUCGGCUCUGCCGGGGAGAUGUUCCAGGGGUUCCCCGGAGACCUAGACACAGGAUCCCGUGGAAGUUCGUCCCCCUCUGCUGAAUCACAGUACUUGUCCUCCGUGGACUCCUUCGGGAGCCCCCCUACCACCAGUGCACCACAGGAGUGUGUAUCUGCCGCUGGCGGUGUAGGGGCAGGCAGCGGCGGCGCAGCCGGCAGUGGAGCAGGGGUGGAGAUGCCCGGCUCCUUCAUCCCCACAGUGACGGCCAUCACCACCAGCCAGGACCUGCAGUGGAUGGUGCAGCCCACCCUCAUCUCCUCGGUGGCCCCCGGCCAGGCCGGCACGGGCACCACCACCAUGACCCAGCCAGUAAGCCUGGACCCCUACGACCUGCCGGGGCCCAGCUUCUCCUCUGGCUCGGGCUUCACCCCGCCCAGCUCAGACACCCCCGGCCCCGUGCGCCAGUCCCGGAGCCGCCGCCGCACGCGAGACGAAUCGCUGACUCCAGAGGAGGAGGAGAAGAGGCGCGUCCGCAGAGAAAGAAACAAAAUGGCUGCUGCCAAGUGUCGCAAUCGGCGGCGUGAGCUUACAGACAGGCUCCAGUCGGAGACGGAUAUACUGGAGGAGGAGAAGGCCGAGCUGGAGGCUGAGAUCUCAGAGCUGCAGAAGGAGAAGGAGAGGCUGGAGUUCGUGCUCAUCGCUCACCAGCCCGGCUGCAAGAUCCCGUACCAGGAGGAGGCGUCGGCACAGCUGCAGACCCCCCCGCCUCCCGCCCCGGUCUCUGUGGUGGGCUUGACUGUGAAGGAGGACACUUUCUACCUGCCUCCCCCUUACUCGUCCCACCACCACCACCUGCCGGGCUCGACGCAGGCAACUUCGGCGGCGCAGCAUCAGCAGCAUCAGCAGCAUCAGCAUCAGCAGCAUCAGCAUCCGCCGCCGCCUCAGCAGCCGCAGCAGCAGGAGAUGAUGCAGGAGGUAGCCUUUUCUAGUUCUUUCUAUGGGCAGAGCCAGCCGGCGCCGGGCGGCCCGUGCCUCGUUGCCGACGGUGGCAACAACCCUGACGCCGGCAGCUACAACCCCUCAUACACAUCUUCAUUUGUGUUCACCUACCCAGAGGGAGCCUGCGGGGCCAGCGCUAACCAGCGAACAAGCAGCAGCGAGCAGUCCUCUGACUCCCUGAACUCGCCUUCACUCCUCGCACUCUGAGAGCACCCUGCCCUUCCCUGCCUGUGCUUCUCUUUUCUCCACACAUGCACACAGUAGAGUCAAUAUAGAGCGUUCAAAAAAACUGACCUUUGCGGAAAUCAGAGCUGUAACCAGAGUGGCACAGCCCGCCACUGUGACCUCGCGCUUGUAAUACGCCACUGUUUUACACAUUAACCUUCUGACAUAUUCGCGAUGUAUUUAUUCAGAGCCUUCGGGUGUUGUCGGCAAAUCGACUUUACUUCACUUUAUUUCCGUUUUUGUUUUGUUUUUUGCUUUGUUUUUUGCACACAUUCCCUAGUUUCAGCAUCAGAAUUGAUUGGUCAAAAAUACCUCGAAUAACACUAAAAUAAAGUUUUAGUGUUAUUUUUAUGUUUUUAUGUUAUUUUCCCUAGUUUCAGCAUCAGAAUUGAUUGGUCAAAAAUACCUCGAAUAACACCUGUCAAAAUACCUGGUCACACAUUUUCCCAGUCUUGUCUAAGAUCAUUUACGUUAAUGUUACUUACCUUUUUAACGUCUAAAUAACUUCAUCACAUUAAAUAUACAUGUGCAUGUAUAUUUGAUAAUAGUAUCAAUUAUUAUAAUUGAUAAUAUUCUAUUAAUAAUAAUAAUUCACCACGACAAGAGAUUGUGUCAUCCACACACACACACACACACACACACAUAUGUUUAUAUCUUUUAUAUAUACUUAUAUAUACAGCUCCGGAAAAAAAAGAAAGCACUUAAAAAAGAGUUUCUUUGAUUUUACCAAAUUUAAAAAAAAACUCAAGCUGCACCAGGAGUAAAGGCAUAAAGUUUUACACAAAAGCAGUGUGUAAGACUGGUGGAGGAGAACAUGAUGCCAAGGUGCUUGAAAAACUGUGAUUAAAAACCAGGGUUAUUACACCAAAUAUUAUAGAUUUAAAGCUUUAUGAAUAUGAACUUGUUUUCUGAAAGCCCUGCAUCUUUUUUGUUAUAUAUAGCAAAUAAAUUCUUUAAAGGACAAUAUUUUUAUUUGGAAUUUGGGAGAAAUGUUGUCUGUAGUUUAUAGAAUUAAACAACAAUGUUCAUUUUACUCAAACAUAAACCUAUAAAUAGCAAAAUCCGAGAGACCGAUUUAGAAACUGAAGUGAUCUCUUAAUUUUUUCCAGAGCUGUAUUAUGUAAUUCACCACAACAAGAGAUUGUGUCAUCCACACACAUGUAUACACAGUACAUACACACAGAUUCAAACACAUGAUAAGAACGCAAGCACUUAUAUUACGCACAAUAACCGUAUUUCCACUGCUCUCUUCUUUCUCUUUCUCUCUUUCUUUGUCUCUUGCUCUUUCUUUCUUUCUCUCUCUCUUUCUCUGUCUUUAUGCUCCUGCUCCUGCAUUGGUGUUCCAUCUCUCGUACUCUCACCAUUCCCGACCGUCUGCACUGCAGAGAUUUUUCUUUUUUUCUGAGUAUUUCUCUAAAAUGACAAAAAUAAGGGACGCAGAACUUUUGUGGCUUUCUAUAUUGGGUUCUUCUUGUUUUUUUUGUUUUUUUUGGGGUCCUGACUGCUCUUCUCAUCACACCAUCUAAUCAAUCCUCCUUUUUGCAUCUUCUUAUUAUUAUUCUUCUCCUCCUUCUCCUCCCUUUUCUCCUUCUUCUCCUUUGUCAUUGUGCUGGGACUAGCGAAAUGAGGGAAAUUAGAAUGUCGCCCGCCACUCAUUAAUUGGUUCAAUCAAUCAAUCAAUCAAUCAAUCAAUCAAUCAAUCAGUUAAUUUAUCAGUCAAUCAAUCAAUUAAUCAGUCAGUCUAUCUCUAUCUAUUUUUCCUUUUUUCUUGUCUUCUCCGUCGUCCAUCUGCCCAUCUGUUUCUCCUCUCUUCUGUCUCUAUGUGCCCCUGGUUCUCUGUGAAGUCUUCAGCCCCCGAGAGCCCAUUGGACCCUGAAAGCCCCUGGAACCUUGAUUGAUCGGCGGGCCGAAACCCCCUCUCAGCACCACAGACCCCUCCUCACCCGCCCUGCCCAGCAUGGACCGGCCUGCUGCACUGCACUGAGGAACCGCAGAGCUUUUUAACCAUGAGCAGAUCUUUCAAGAAAUCUAUAUAUAAAUAAAUAACACAACCAACACCAGCUAUUCAAUUCAAUUCAAUUCAAUUUUAUUUAGCUAUAGCAUGCAAACAGACCACAGACAGCUGAUUGCAGGCAUUGAUUGCAUUGCAUUGCAUUUAUUUCAUUGCAUUGGAUUGCAUUGGAUUCGAUUUGAUUGGAUUCCUGAAACGUGCAUUUCCACUGCAAGGAUUUGCUUGGAUGGUUUUGGUAAAAAGCUUAAAAGGUUUAAAAGGUGAAGUGAAGACCAGCUAAAAAUAAAGAAGAAGAAGAAGACGAAGCUCUUGGGUUUACCACGGUUACAGCAUAUACGUCGAUUACAGCAAAAAAGCAAAAAAAAACAAACAAAAGCGAGAGAGGAGAAAACGAGACGUGGUCUUUUUUUAUUUUAACUCUCUCGAUCUUAUCGAUCUUGCAGCUGUCCACCUCAGAUUCGAUCCACCACCCUGUCUGUUCUGGUUUUCCCAUGCCAUUUUUUGCCCGUUUUGCCCGUAUUUGUCCUUGUGUUGUUUCUCAGACCAUUAAUUUUAUUUUAUUUAUUUAUUUUUUUUUCGUGCAACCAGACACCUGUAGACAUUGUUUUCUCAAAUGUGUGUGUGGUUCUCAAAUGUUCUUUUUAAUCGUUUUAAACAAUUUCCAUAAUAGUAUUAUCAGCCUUGUUACCUUGAGACAAAAAAAAAAAGAAAACUGAAUAAUAAGUGGCUUAUAACUGAAGGUUACAUCCAAAAGGCGUCUUUAUUUUUUAUUUUUUGUUUUUUUUUUUGUUGUUUUUAAAAUUAUUUUUUUAAGCUAGUCAGUGUUGACUAGCCUGGUUUGAGGAGCCUGGUUUCGGUUUCGCUUUGGAAAUCUCUGGAAAAAAAAAAAAGUGAAAAGAACUUUGAAAUAUGAAAAAUAUGAAAUAUUCAAAUAUAUUGAAAUAUUGAAAUAUGAAACAACCUCUUAAACAUUUGGACGAGUGGCCUCUGUACGUCCCCGCGCUCUCCUGCAGCCUGACCCCUGACCUUUAGUAACAGGUCAGAGGGCGGACGCAGGCUUUUAUUGUGAAAGGGCAUCAGUGAAGCUGCUUCUCCAGUUUAUUUCUUUCUUUAAGGAGGUUGACGUGUUGAGAAAAGCACAACUGUUGGGCCAAAAGAAGAGAGAGACGGAGGAAGAAAGACCUCUGAAAGAGGUGUUUAUGAAUAUGAAAACUUUAUUUUUCCUGUGAAUUUUAAAAUUUUAAAAUGCUAAUUAUUGUUUUUAUGAUAUUUCUUAUAUACUGAGUUAAGGCGACAAAUGUUUUUUUGUUUGUUACGCUUUUUUCUCUUUUUUGCUCUUGACUGUGCCGUUGCUGCCAAAUGGAGGAACUUUUUUGCGGAGGCCGUGAGUCGCUCCUCUUUUCUCUGUUACUGUUAUUGUCUUAUUGUAAUUAUUAUUAAUAUUAUUAUAUUAUUAUUAAUACAAACUAUUGCUAUUAUAAUUAUUAUUAUUAUAUUAUUAUGACUAUUAUUUCAUUGUUAUCUUACAACAUUUGGCAACUUUUGGUAUGUUUUUUAUGUAAAAAAAAACAAAAACAGUAUACCUGAAAAUGGAAAAUGCUCUAUACUAUGUAUGCGUAUGCGUAUAAAUAUCUCUUUAAAUCUUUUUCUCUCUCUAUAUAUAUAUAUAUAUAUAUAUACACAUAUUCACUGUGUAUAUAUACUGUAUGUAAAAUGAUUGUAAUGUAUGAAUGCGCAGAAAUGUAAAAUUGUUAUUUUUGUUAAUGAAGACAGGAGGGUGAGCUUGUUGCGGCUGGUUUUUGGUUUUAAAACAUAGAUAUUUUUCUAAAAGAACAAAAAACUAUAUUAUGAUAUACAAUAAUAGCCCGCCUUUCCCUCAAUAUGAAAAGCAUUGUCACUGCCUUUGCUCUACUUGCUGUGUAUUUAUAUGUUCUAUAUAUAAAACACAUGACUAUGUAUGAUGAGUGUAUUCGAGCUGUUGUGGUGCAUACGAUGGUCUAUAUAUGUAUCACGGGUUUGGUGACAGGGCGAUGACCCUGUGCUUUAUUUUUAUUAUUAUUAUUUCUCGCUCGUGCUUUAAAGAGUUCGUCAGUGUGAGGUUGGUCCCACAGCCCUCGCUCAUUGACCCCUGUGGACAAAACACACUGGAUGCAAACGAAUAAAAUAAAACAUAAUAAAAAACAAAAGUGAUUAGAAAUAUUUUGAGUGUCUCUCCAUGUAAAUUUCAAUACUCGACUUCAAAUUCACAUUGGAACCGUGUCCUUGAGCAAUAUCCAUUUGUUUAUGUGCUGAUUUUUUACACUCUUUUACACUCCAGUGUGUAGUGUCCCAACACAAAUACACAAAUAAGCACACACACAUAUCUUAUCUUUGCUGUUAUGCAAAAUCCUUGCAUCUCCACAAAUCUUAUAAAUCAUUUUUUUUACUGUUUUGCACUGUCACGCCUUCUUGACAUGAUGUAAGAGCAAAAUGUGUACACAAAUUCAAUUCAAUUACUAUUUUUACUCUUUUCCUACUAUUGCAGAUACAAGGUUUUUGCAUGAUAGUAAUGAUAUACGCUUUAUUUAGAAAUGAACAUUAAGAAGAGAUGUGUCUCAGAUUUAAACCUUCAGGUUGGACAAAAGAAUCACAACUUUUGCCUAAAUAUUUAUAUUAUAUAUACAGCUCUAAAAAAAUGAGGCCACUUAAAAAUGAGUUUUAAGUUUUUUAAGAUGAGUUUCUUUGAUUUUAACAAAUUUAAAUAUAAUAAUUAAGAGGAAGAUGGAUGAUCACAAUCCAUCAAACCACCAAACUGAACUGCUUGAAUUUUUGCACCAGGAGUAAAGCAGCAUAAAGUUAUCCAAAAGCAGUGUGUAAGACUGGUGGAGGAGAACAUGAUGCCAAGAUGCAUGUUUCCACCAAAUAUUGAGUACUUUAUGAAUAUGUACUCUGCAUCUUUUGUGUUAUUUAAUAAUAAAUGCUCCAAAUGAGAAUAUUUUUAUUUGGAAUUUGGGAGAAAUGUUUUCUGUAGUUUAUUUUACUCAAAUAUAAACCUAUAAAUAGCUAAAUCUGAGAAACUGAUUCAAAAACUGAAUCUAAAGUGGUCUGUUCAUUUUUUUAAAGAGUUUACUGUAUACUGUAUAUAUACAGUAAAUAUCUUUUGGAUAAAGUAAGAAAAGCCAUUUAUUAAUAGAUACAGAUUAUUACAUAAUACAGAUUAUAUACUGUAUAGUGGCCUUAAUGUUUAUUUGCUAUUUAUACAUUCAAUACAUUAAUACAUAUAUACAUUUCUUUAUGUUUAUGAAAGUUUGGACACAUUCUCAAACACACACACAAACACACACACACACACACGUGGGCGAUGGGUAUUUUUUUUUUUAUGGGAUGAACCUCAAUGAAAGUUGAAAAUUGUGCAAAUUUCAAUGUCAAUGUUUUGAAUUCCCAAAUCUAUUAUAUAAUCUGUGCGCACCACUUGUCUUGUAAAACUCAACUGUACUGAGAUCCUUUUCACUGGGGCUGUAGAUUAGAACCGACGUCGAUGGCUAUCAAUGGUAAAGUGCAAUUCUUUUAGCGACGUUUAUCCAACGAAGCUGUUUUAAAGACUUUUAAUCUGAGGAGGAUUGAAUGAAAUUGCGCACAGUGGCUCUAUGAAGCUGGAUGUGUGGAAAUAAGAAGGAUUGAAGCUUGAAAACGCAAGAAAAACGCCCUCAGAGGCCUUCAGAUCUGCUGGUUUUGGUGCUUGUAGUGCGCUGUUGGUGCUUUCGUCUAUCUUAAGCCAAAACAUAGUGUUACUGUAUUCUUCGCCGUACCGUAAACGAGACUAACGUGGUUUCUGUUUAAGAUUCUGUAGUCUUCCGUUUCGCUCAGAGGAGCCCUGAGUCAAAUCUGAAGGCCGAGUUCGAGUCCUUGUCUUUGGCUUUCUCAAAUUCUCGAUCCUUAUUGAAAUGCAAUAUAUAUAUAUAUAGACAUCCUCUGGGAUUAGCAUAGCAUGUAGCACGUUAGCCGAACGACCCCAGCAGGCACCAGAUGUCAGAUUGACGUUAGAAAGACGUUACGUCAAAUAGACGUUACAUUUUAGCUGAAAAUACAAAUCUUGUAUAGGUUAAACUCUGAUUGGAAAUCUAUCAAAGUCUUUUAUCAGAAACUGAAUCAAAAACUGACAGACGUUAGACAGACGUUACAUUUUGGCUACGUCAAAUUCUGGUUACAUAACAUUUUUGUUACGUUUUAUUUUGGUAAAGUUAUUUAACACCACGACCAUGACCACUUUUGUUACUUAACAUCAUGACUUACACUAAAACCAACAAUGUUCAAUGUUAUCGGACGCAUUAUAAGGUUCAGCAGAUGUUGCACUUUGGUUACCAUACCUAACAACUAAAUGAAAUGUUAGUAUUUUACAUUAAUAUUAUGUUUGUUUGAAAAGUCCAUAAGAUGUUGCUUUUUGAUGUUGGACUUAAAACCAACAUCAGUAUCAUUGACAGCUAUUGAUUAAAUGUAUUAUUCUGUACGUCAGACAUUGUACAGACAUUGAGUAUAGACUGGACUGACAUCAAACUCCAACGUUAGACAGAUGUUACAAUUUGGUUACGUUAAAAAAAAUGUUACGUUUUAUUUUGUUAAAGUUACUUAAAACCAUGACUUACAUUAAAACCAACAAUGUUCAAUGUUUUCGGACGCAUUAUAAGGUUCAGCAGAUGUUGCCUUUUGGUCACCAUGCCUCACAACUAAAAAAUGUUAGUGUUUUACGUUAAUAUGAUGUUGGUUUGAAAAGUCUAGAAGAUGUUGGAUUUUAUACAGACAUUUAAUAUAUGGAUGGGACUGACAUCAAGCUCCAACGUCAGACAGAUGUUUUAGUUCAAUUUUGGUUAUUUAACACCAUGUCUUACAGUCAAACCAACAACGCAUCAACGUCUAACAAUGUUGUGUGGGUGUUAACAUUAUGAAGUUUAGUAGAUGUCGGUUUUGGUCAUUAUUCCUUACUGAAAUAAAUGUGUAAAUUGUCAGCUGUUGAUUAGAUGAAAUCUAUCAAGUCACUUAUCAGUCACAAAUUCUGGUUACAUAACAUUUUUGUUACGUUUUAUUUUUGGAAAAAUUACUUAAAACCAUGACUUACAUUAAAACCAACAAUGUUCAGUGUUGUGGAACGCAUUAUGAGGUUCAGCAGAUGUUGCAUUUUGGUCACCAUACCUCACAUCUAAACAAAAUGCUAGUAUUUUACAUUAAUAUGAUGUUGGUUUGAAAAGUCUAGGAAAUGUUGGGUUUUGAUGUUGGACCUAAAACCAACAUCAGUAUCAUCGACAGCUGUUGAUAAGAUGUAUUAUACUGUACAUCAAAUUGAUGUUGGCAUUAGACAGACAUUGAAUAUAGACUGGACUGACAUCAAGCUCCAACGUUAGACAGAUGUUACAAUUUGGUUCAGCAGAUGUUGCAUUUUGGUCACCAUACCUCACAACUACAUGAAAUGUUAGUAUUUUACAUUAAUAUGAUGUUGGUUUGAAAAGUCUAAAAGAUGUUGGAUUUUGAUGUUAGACCUAAAACCAAACGUAUAUAUCAUCAUCAGCUGUUGAUUAGAGGUUUUAUACUGUACGUCAAAUUGAUGUUGGCAUUAGACCGACACUGUACAGACAUUAAAUAUAGACUGGACUGACAUCAAGCUGCACCAUCAGACAGAUGUUUUAGUUAAAUUUUGUUUAUUUAACACAGUAUCGUACAGUCAAAGGAAUAAUGUGUCAACGUCUAACAAAAUAUGCUCCAAUUUCAGACAGAUGUUUUGGAUAAGUUCUGGUUCUUUAACAUCGGUUUAACGUCUGAUUUAAGAUUAUAACUUUUAAGAAUGUUCAGUGAAAUAAAAGUAUUUAACAUCAGCUUAAUGUUAGCGUGUAACGUUUGGAAGAUGUCCGAUUUUGCUGUUGGGUUUCAGACAUUGUACAGACAUUGAUUAUAGACUGGACUGACAUCAAACAUUAACUAAUACUUGGCUAACAUUAAGCUCCAACAUUAGACAAAUGUCACAAUUUGGUUAUUUAACAUCAUGGCUUUUAGUAAAACCAACAACGUUUCAACGUAGGUUUUGGUCAACAUACCUCAAUGAAAUAAAUGUAUGAAAUAAAAGUAUUUAACAUCAGUUAGAUGUUAGUGUGCAAAGUUUGAAAGACGUCAGAUUUUGCUGUUGAUGGAUUUCUUAACGUCGGACUUAAAACCAACAAAAUAUAUUGUCAGCUGCUGAUGGGAUUCUCCGUCAAAUUGAUGUUGGCCCUAGACGUUGUCCUGACGUAAAAUUUUUUGGUCACCUGACGUCAUGAACGUCUAACGGACAAACAAGUAACGCUAAUGAACACUGGUGGCCAGCUGGGAAAAAACAAUGAUGUUUCUUGAUAUUUAAAGUGUCAUAUUAUCAUAAUGAGGGUGGAGCUAAAUUUUAAAUUUAAGCCCCGCCUUUCAACUCAGUGGAUUUGUUCUCAUUGGUGAAGCUUUGUGUCUCAUUGAUUUCACGAUAUGCUCACGAUUUUCUCACGAUAUGCCUUUGAAGUUUCAGCAAAGGGCCUUCUUUAAUAAUGUCUUUCAAUGUAAUCAUAUACUUGUUAAAUCGGAGCGAGGAGAUAUUUGCUAUGAUAUAUCUAUGAUAUACAUAUAUAUAUAUAAAAUGAUAUAUAUUUUUGAAGGUGUUUUAUUGACAGUUUUUGGACGUGGAUCUGCAAUUAUAUAGUAACAUACAUUACCGGUCAAAAGUUUUAGAUCACCCCUAUUGUUUAGUAGUCCAGUUACUGCAGAGCUGUAUUUUUGUUUUAAUUUUAUCUUUGUUACUCCAGUCAUGUUAAUCUGAGCUAAAGGCUAAAGCUGUUUCCAUGUGGGUCAGCCAGACGUCUUCCUGUAGCACUUUUUUUUCUCCAGUUUAUAAGAGUCUUUAUCUGAAGGAGUAGGAAACAGUACUCACCGCUCUCUGACUUCGUCUGUAAUUUCUUUAAAGAAAAGAAAGAACUUCUACUUUUAAUAGUUACAGAGUUCUCUGCGUUUCUGUGUCUUUUUCUAGUUAUUACGAUGAUGAAAUAAAGUGGGAAUGUGCUGCUGUGUGUAAGUGUGUAAAUGCUGCAGUAAAUGAGUUAUAAUUCUCUUUUUUUUAAAUUAAUUUCUAAAAGCUCAGUUUAUUUCUAUUGCUACAGAUCAGUUCUAAGCUGUUAACCAAUGGUAUUCUUGUUUUUUUAACAAAUUAUUAUUUUUUUUUGUUUUACAGUAGACAUUUGUUCAGGUUUUGUUUUACAAUGUACAAUUAGUUCAUGUUUUGUACAAUAUUUGUUUAUUUUUCUCAGUUUCUUUACAAUACACAUAUUUUUAGUUUUGUUUCUUUUUUUAUGUACAUACACAUUAUCUUCCUUUUUUAAAUAUACUUUUUUUCCCAUUUUAUUUUACAAUACACAUUGUCUACAUUUUGUGUUUUUCUUUUUCAUUUUUUACUAUACACAUUUAUUUCAUUAUUCUCCAAAUACAGUUUUAUCUCUUUUUUCUAUAAUAUACACAUUUUCUUUUCAUUUUAUUUUAGAAUACACAUUUUUCUUCUUUUUUUAACAAUAUAUAGUUUUUCCCAUUUUUUCCCCGUUUUUUUUUUUGUUUGUUUGUUUGUUUUUUACAAUAUACAUUUUUUCAGUUUUUUUUUACACAAUGUAUUUUUUUUGUUGUGUUUUUUUACAAUAUGAAUUUUUUGUAGUAUAUCAUUUUUUUUUUUUAAGCCCUUACAGAUUAUUGCUAAUUUUUGUACCAUUUUAGCUUAUUAUUCACUGGACCUAAAGAGCCUAAAAGGCAGAAAUAAGCAGAAUAAAGUGGGGGUGUUCUAAAACUUUAGACCGGUAUUGUAAGCUUUGAAUGAAUUUCCAGACUCCAGGCAGUCCUUUAUCAAUAUUUGUAUAUCUGUGUUUUAUAGUGAUGCUGAUAUGUAUGAUCAAUGAUAAUGUACAGAUGUUUGUUUAAAGUGUCUGGAUUAUCUUUUGGGUUUAUGGGAUGUUGGUUCUGAUGAUCAGAACGUUUUUGACCCCAGAGUUCCAUAAUAAUUGAUAUAAACCCAGCUGAUUGGCCCUCGGGGUCUAUAGGAACCUCCUCCCUCUGAUCCGUAUCUUUGAUCUUUCUCAGUUUCUGAUUAUUCUGGCUGUUUUAUUAACAGAAUUGAGAAGGAGUUUUCCCUUUGUUGUGUGCAGACUGUGAAACUGAGUGUACUGAAUCUGAAUCUGUUCGUAUGAUCAUCUUUUCUUGUUUUAAAACAUAAAAAUAAACUGAAGCAUAUUGAAUUUUU